AUGGCACAAAUUGAAAUUACUUCUCAUUUUAUGGUUCCUCCAAGAAUUAUUUAUCAAUGUUUAAAUGAUCCAGAACGAUUAACUGCAUUGAUGCAAUCACCAGUUCAAUAUAAAGCAGAAAUUGGUUCUAAAUUUGUUUUAUUUGGAGGAGCAGUUUCAGGUGAAAUUAUAGACUUAAAGGUAAAUGAAAAGAUUGUAUAUAAAUGGAGGUUUAAUUCAUGGCCAGAAGGAAAAUACUCACAUGUUGAAAUUACACUUACAGAAGGUGAAGAUGGAGAUGAUGAAACAGAUUUAACAUUAGUUCAAAGUGAUAUUGAACAAAAAGAUAUUAUGAGAACAGAAAAUGGAUGGAAAAUGAUAUAUUUUGAAAGAAUGAAGAAAAUGUUUGGAUAUUAA